UUGACAGUUUAUUGAUAAUAAAAAGUUGGCUAUGUCUGUUAUUUGUGUAAAAUUAUAUAUACCUAAUUUAUUCGUUCAUGUUUCUUGUAUACCCUGAAUUUUAACUUCAAUUUCCUAAAAUUCUUUACACUUUUGUAGUUUUACAACAUAUUUGUUAGAAAAAGCUAAACUGUAUUUUGAAGUCAUUUGCACGACAAAGUAAUGGCGACGUUGGAAGAUGAAAUUCGAGAUCUCAAAGAAAAGAAUAAUGAAUUGGUCCAAAAAGUGCAGUAUUGGAAGAUGGCAGCAGCCUCCAAAGAAGAUGAGAAACUUGAAUUAAUGAAGGAAAUUAACGAAUUAAGACUGAAAUUAAGUAGAAUUAGAAGUGGUGGUGCGGCUGAGGCCCGUAAAUUAGAUGCAGCAUUACAGUCUGCAAGUAAAGAGGCUAUCUCACAUCUCGUAAAGGCGUCGAAUGCUGUGACCCGUACUAUUGUGUUGGCCAAAACAUACAUGCAGGACCGUCAGGAGAUAGAUAAUUUAUCACCACGAUGGAACAAUAUCGGUAGCACACCGAGCAACGAGAAAAUCCACCGAGUGCCACCCAUGCUUAUGGGGGGACAGUCCAUUCAACCUGUAGUAUCAUUAAGUAGGACCAUUUUAAACACUAAUUUAAUGUCUAGAAGCCCUAAUAGAAGUCGGAAUGUGACCGAGAGAGCUGUACCAUUACAUAUGCUACAAGAUCUAUACAUACCUCUUACAAGGAUAGAUGCAGGUGUACCGGCCAAUAAUAUGGAUACAGAAAAUGACGUGAAUGAAGCAGAAGACAGCAUACAGGAGCUGGGGCUUGAUGAUAGCAUGGAAAGAUCCCUAGAAGGGGCGCAAGGUAAUAUCUCAGGAGAGGAUUUUGAAGCGUCGAGAAGAUUGGAGACAGUGACCGAAGACUUGGAACCAGAGGAGACUGUACUGACCUCACCGAGCAGAGGUAAAGUUGAUAAUCCACUGGAAGGCCCUAGUUGGUUAUUGGAUCGCCCUUUCACAAAGUCAAAAUCGAGAAUGUCAAAGAGUCGCAUGAACUUGGAGCCGGACUCCACGACCGAGCCGGACGAGGGCGCGCGGGCCGCGUCCGCCGCCGCCGCCGCCGCCCGCCAGCGGGUCGACGAAGAGCCGGCGGUGGCAGCAGAGGCUUGCUUCACGCCGACCGUGCGGCGCCGCAAGCGCAGCGCCACGCCGCCGCCUGCCGCGUCCCAGCCCGCACGCCGUUACAGCAAUAGCGGGCGCGUGCUGAAGGUGAUGGUGGCGAAGAUGCGGCUGGACGACGACUCGGACGAGGAGGCGAGCCCGGCCAAGCGGCCGCCGCGGGACUUCGACGCGCCCAGCCCCAACGGCGCCACCGACGCCGCGCUCAUAGUCCUAGAGCACACGGUGAACACGGAGCGCGGCUCGAGCGGCCGCCAGGUGGCGCGGCGCACGCGGCCUGCAACGGACCGAUUGGAAGCUCACAAUUUGGAUAAACUAUCCGGUCGAAACAGACGUACGGAUAAAACGGUCGAGCAUGAGAAUUCCAUCGACGAGCAGCCCAGUACUGACCCUGGACACAGCCGACCGGGAAGCACCGACCCCGGGAACAGCGGACCGGGCAGCACGGACCCUGCGCAUGACCGACCGAGUAGCGUCGACCCUGGAUAUAGUAGAGUGGGCAGCGUCGACCUUAGCCAGAGUAGAGCGGGGAGCAUCGCCCUUGGACAGAGUCGGGCCGGCAGCGGGGGGCUCGACAGCGACAGCGGCAGCGAACUGCACACCGAAGGCCGCACUCGCCGGCCAAGGAAAGCUGUCACUUAUAAAGAGAAGCCAUUGAACAG